CUCUGUUCAAGACUGAGCAACUGUUGUUUUCUUACACACACACACCACCAAAAGCAAAUAUAAUGAUCGGAAUCGCAUAUAGGUCCAUCUCAAGAUCAUUUAUUGCAUCUCGUUCCUUUAUCAAUAAAACAAACGAACGAUAUUUCAACGUUCUUGCUCUUCUGGAACAUCAGGAUGGAAAGUCCAAACCAGCUUCUCUCUCAGCAAUCGAAGCCGCAAAACGUACCGGAGGAGACGUUUUUGCUUUUGUUGUGGGACCAAAUGCAUCUCAAAUCGCCCAACAAGCAUCCAAGACAGUGGAUGGCUUGAAGCAGGUAAUUCAUGUCGAAAAUAAUGCCUAUGAUCGUUAUUUGCCCGAUCAGAUCGCUAAGAUCUUGUACGAAAAUGCUAAAAAGUUUGAUGCCUCUCAUAUCUUUAGUGCACACAGUACCCUUGGAAAAGGAGUCAUGCCAAGGAUAGCUGCAAUGUUGGAUGUAAUGCAAGUUAGCGAUGUAAUUCGCGUUGUAGAUGAAAAGACAUUUGUUCGCCCUACUUAUGCUGGUAAUGUAAAUGUUCACGUUAAAACCGAGGACCCUGUUAAGCUCGUUACGGUGCGUGCAUCUGCUUUUGAUCCCGCUCCCGCAAUUGACAAUGGAUCAGCUCCUGUUACCGCAGGCGUGGACCCCAAGCCUGCUGCUCUACAAUCUUGGGUGAGCGAAAAUAUUAUUAAAAGUGAACGUCCUGAUCUUAGUUCUGCUGAACGCGUUGUCGCUGGUGGUCGUCCCCUAAAAGACAAGGCUACUUUUGAAAAGACCUUGACUCCCCUUGCUGAUAAACUAGGCGCUGCUAUCGGUGCCACUCGUGUUGCAGUUGAUACUGGCUAUGCUGACAACUCCUUGCAGAUUGGACAGACUGGUAAAAUUAUUGCACCUAAAUUGUAUAUCGCUGUUGGUGUCGACGGUGCCAUUCAACAUACUGCAGGUAUUAAAGACAGCAAAGUCAUUGCCUCCAUCAACCGUGAUGAAAAUUCUCCCAUUUUCCAACAUUCUGAUGUAGGCUUGGUUGCGGAUUUGUAUGAAGCUGUUCCCGAACUUGUUGAGAAGCUUUAAGUCUAAUAUGUAAAAUGACUUGUGUCCGUGUGAGAACAAAUCACACUAGGAUUAAUUUACCUUUUUUUUUUGGUUCUACGUCAAACUUUGUUAUCCUUUUUGUUUUUAUGUCCUGUUCCUUUCUUAAUAACCUAAGUUUGAAAUAUAAUAAAAAGAGAUUUCGUAUACUUAUGAAAUACGUCUGGAAAUUCUAUAUACAAAUUGCAUUAAGCAAUCUGGAAGGUUGAUGCCCACCGUAAAACCAUUGCUAUUCCAUUCUCUUUUUUCUCUUUUUUAUUGUUUAUUUAAUCAAAAAACCAAUGAUGGAACCACAAUUUGUAACUUGU